CGGAAGUGCGCAGGCAGUGCUCGCGGCGGCGGCGACGGCGGCGGGAGGUUCGGUUGUCGCCCGUUGGCCGCGCGGCGCCGCGUUCGGCGGCCGCCAUUGCAGCUUAUUUUCAGUUGCUUUUUAAAGACAGAAAGCUCAUGGUGCAAAUUGUUAUUUCUAGUGCGGGGGCUGGAGGCCUGGCAGAAUGGGUGCUGAUGGAGCUACAGGGGGAGAUCGAGGCUCGCUACAGCACCGGAUUAGCUGGAAACCUCCUGGGAGACCUACAUUACACCACUGAGGGAAUCCCUGUGCUGAUCGUGGGGCAUCAUAUCCUGUAUGGGAAAAUCAUCCACCUGGAGAAACCUUUUGCAGUUCUUGUCAAACACACUCCUGGGGAGCAGGACUGUGAUGAGCUUGGCCGAGAGACUGGCACCCGGUACCUGGUGACAGCACUCAUCAAAAACAAGAUCCUUUUCAAAACCCGCCCCAAGCCCAUUAUCACCAACGUCCCCAAGAAAGUAUGAAAGAACCCCGGAUUUUCCCUAGAGAGCGGCCUACUCCUUGGACUCGUGCUCCACUGCCACCUCGAGGACGGCU